AUGUUGUCUCGGUUAGUUGCUCCUGUAGGACGGUUAUCAACCCGCAUUUCCAGAAGAGGAUUAGCUCAGGCAUCGGAUGAAUUCCGAUUGUCUGAGUACAGCACAAAGUACUUGGGUUAUAGAAAGGCUGCUUUCACUGAGGAACUCAAGAUAGUUGACUCAACUAGUUUCCCAGUUUUCCCAAUUUAUAGAGUAACAGACGCUGAAGGCAAAGUUCUCAAUGAAAGCCAUGAUCCCAAGUUCGAUCAAGAGAAAUCUCUGAAAAUUUACCGUGCCAUGACUCUACUUAAUAUUAUGGAUCGAAUUUUGUAUGACUCUCAGAGACAGGGAAGAAUCUCAUUCUAUAUGACCAACUAUGGAGAAGAGGGAAACCAUGUAGGUUCAGCCGCUGCUCUUAAAGACAGUGAUCUCGUAUACGGACAAUACAGAGAGGCAGGUGUCCUCAUGUGGAGAGGAUUUCCUUUAGAACAGUUUAUGCACCAAUGUUAUGGAAAUAGCAAAGAUAUAGGAAAGGGAAGACAAAUGCCCGUUCAUUAUGGCUCCAGUGAACACAAUUUCGUGACUAUCUCUAGUCCUCUGACUACUCAGUUACCACAGGCUGUCGGAAGUGCAUAUGCUUUCAAGCGUCAACCAAACAAUGACAGAGUUGUAUGCGUGUACUUUGGUGACGGUGCUGCCUCUGAAGGAGAUGCACAUGCUGCAUUCAACUUUGCAGGAACUCUUGACUGUCCUAUCAUCUUCUUCUGUCGUAAUAACGGCUAUGCUAUUUCUACCCCUACCAGUGAGCAAUAUGCUGGAGAUGGAAUUGCUGGCAAAGGACCUGGAUAUGGACUUCACACUAUCAGAGUUGAUGGUAAUGAUGUCUUAGCUGUAUACAAUGCUGUAGCUGAGGCCAGAAAGUUGGCUCUCCAGAAUAAGCCAGUAUUAAUUGAAGCUAUGACAUACCGAUUGGGUCAUCAUUCUACUAGUGACGACUCCACUGCUUACAGAACGGCAGAAGAAGUGCAAGAAUGGGGAGAUAAAGACCAUCCUAUCACCCGUUUCAAACGAUACAUUACAGAACGUGGAUGGUGGAAUGAUGAAAUGGAGAAGGAGUGGCAAAAAGACUCGAGAAAGAGAAUCCUGUCUGCCUUUAACGAUGCCGAAAAGACAAAGCUUGCCCAUUAUCACGAUAUGUUCGAAGCCGUUUAUCAAGAUAUUCCUGAGAAGUUGAAACGUCAAAGAAGUGAACUGGAUCAACAUCUUGAAGAAUAUAAGGAACACUAUCCAACGGAAAAGUGCUUGUCUCAAUAG